GAAAAAAUUUUUUAAAAAAAAUCUCAUUAACCUUUGAACAAAAAGGUGUUGAAUUCGUCAAUAUUACAAAGAUCUUUUGGAGAACAAAAACUCAUGAAAAAUGGAGCAGAAAAUUAGAAAUUUCAAAAUUAUUCUGAUAAUCUUAACAGUUGCCCUAACUCUUCCAUACAUUCCAUGUGAUUGUAGGACAUUUACAUCGAAUUUAAAUACUAGCUACAAUGGAAAUAACUCAACAAGAAUAAGUCGACAAAAUAAAGGAAUCGAGACUAACUCCAUCCAGCGGCUAGUAGGAAAAACAACCGAUGGAAAUCAAUCGUAUGCAAAGUCUACCAAUGGAUUGUCAAAGUCUACAAAAUUAAAGAGAGUCUUUCUCUCCAAUCGAGACAUCACAUGCAAUGAUGGAUCACAGGCUGGAUUUUAUCUUAGAAAAUCACCGGGAUCAAAGAGAUGGGUUGUCUUCUUUGAAGGUGGAUGGUACUGCUUUGAUCAUAAAUCAUGUAAGAUGCGAUGGACAAAAAUGAGACAUUUAAUGACAUCAACAACAUGGCCAGAAACGAGAGAUAUUGGAGGCAUUUUGUCACCAUCACCAACUGAGAAUCCUUACUGGUACAAUGCAAAUCAUGUCUUUGUUCCAUACUGCAGUAGUGACUCGUGGAGUGGACGACGAUCAAAGCCAGAGUCUAGAGACAGUUUUAGAUUUAUGGGAUCACUCAUUGUUCGUCAAGUCAUGGCUGAUCUUAUUCCACUUGGUCUUGGAAAUCCUCAAGGAACUGAUCUCUUGAUGGCUGGAUCAUCAGCUGGAGGUCUUGGUGUAAUGCUUAAUUUGGAUAAAACGAGAGCAUUCUUACAAGAUGAAAGAGGAUUAAAUGUUCAUGUUCGUGGAGUCAGUGACUCAGGAUGGUUCUUAGAUAGAGAGCCAUUUACACCUGGUGUUGCUGCUGCUGAAGCAGUCAGACAAGGAUGGAAAUUAUGGGAUGGUGUGUUGCCUGACGAUUGUGUUGCUGAACAAAAAGAACCAUGGAGAUGCUAUUUUGGACAUAGACUGUACAACACUUUGAAAUCACCUCUCUUUAUCUUCCAAUGGUUAUUUGAUGAAGCACAAAUGAGAGCUGAUAAUGUUGGUGCACCAGUAACUCCACAGCAAUGGGACUACAUACAUGAAAUGGGCGGUGCUUUAAGAGAAUCACUUGAAAAUGUAACAGCAGUUUUUGCACCAUCCUGUAUAGGACAUUCAGUCCUCACCAAACGUGAUUGGCAAAAUAUUAAAAUUGAUGAUGUGUCAUUUACGGACUCGCUUAGAUGUUGGGAGAAUUCGUUGCUUAAGGAUAGAAAAAUUAUCCUUAAACUUGCAGACAAUAAGCGUCCAAAUAAGCACAAUAGAAACCAUAAAGGAAAGAAUCAUCAGAGCGAUCAGCCACAACUGACGCAUGAAGAACGUGAACAAAGACGCAAAGAGCGUCGUCGUCAUAAGCUCACACCAGAAGAGCGUGAACAAAGAAAACUUGAGCGUCGUGAACGAAGACGUCAAGAGAAAUUUCUUCAAAAAAUGGAAACCAAAAAUCAAACUCCACGCGCACAGCGCUCACCUCAGGAAAAUGAAAUGAAUAACAAAAAUUCAUUGCCAAAGAUUAUUGAAAAUGAACCAGUUGCAAAGCAGCAAAAGAAGAAUCGUCGUCAACAAGCAAGCCAGCGACGACGACUAGAGAGAAUGGAGGCAAGAAAUGCCACAAGAAUACCUAAGCAUCACCGAAGAAAUCAACAGAACCAACAGCAGCAGCAGCAACAACAACAGAAAGGUCAAAAUAAGCGCCGACAUGGUGAGCAUAAUCGUCAGAAGUUGCUGAAGACACAAAAUCAACUAAUGGAAAUUAAAGAACCAAAAAAAUGCGCAUUGAGGCUGUUAGAGCGUUGUAGUUGGCCACAAUGUAAUCACUCAUGUCCAUCAUUAACGAAUCCUUUGACUGGAGAGGAAAUGAAAUUUUUAGAGCUUCUAACGUCAUUCGGACUAGAUAUGGAUGCUGUUGCACAAGCUUUAGGUGUAGAUAUGCAAACACUUAACAAUAUGGAUCAUAAAGAACUAAUUAAAUUGUUUACUGAAUCAACAAUUGCUAGAUGGGAUCCAAAGUGUUCAGAUCUACCGUCAAAAAUAAGGAUUUAUUCUGAGAAUCCAUAUUUGAAGGAAACGCCAGCGUUAGAUGAAAUAAAUCCAAAGAAUAUACAGGAAGGACAGGUUGAUACUAAAAUAAAAUUAGAAAAUUUGGAACUGCCAUCAAAAUGGAGCUUCAAAAGUAAUCCAGAGCCUCAAAAAGCUUCAAUUGACUCCAUAGAAGGAACCUGUGUAAACUAUUACGCAUUAAGCUUUAAUAAAUCCAAUCAUGUGACAAAUUUCAACUGCCUUAAAAUCAAUCCACAAUGGAUGAGCAAUACAAAAGAAUUUUGGCAAUUUCCGCUGAAAGAAUUGAUUAUUCCAGGCUCAAGAUAUUCUGGAUGUUAUUCAACAGAAAGAAAUUCUAGACGAAGACAUUUGAAACCGGAGAGUUUUCAUCAGAAUCUCGACAUUUGGCACCAACUUGUGUUUGGUGUAAGAUAUCUAGAAUUCUCAGUUGGAUACUUUCGAAGUUUUCACAAGUCACUGGACAUUCGAAGUAGAUUUUGGAUAUUUAAUGAUGAACAUGAAGUUUCACCAAUAUUUCCAGUUCUUGAAGAUAUUUUGAAGUUUGCAGAAAUUUCCAAUGAAAUUUUAAUCCUCGAUUUUAUAAACUUCUCGUAUGGCUUCCAUGAUUCAUCAGGUGCACAUGAUAUCUUUAAGAAACUUUUACAAAAUAUGUUCGGCCAUAUCGCUGUGAUGAAUAAUGGGAAAAUUUAUGCAAAAUCUUGUGACUUCACCAUCCAGAAGAUAAAGAGCUUGUCCAAAAAUGUCAUAAUUCUAUAUAACUUCGAGGAUUUGUCUAUUAAAUCAGAACAAAAUGAAACGAUUUUGUGGCCAGCAUGGAAACGAAGUGAAAUUCAAACCGACGAGAAUGUGGCGAAAGUUUUGAGCUCAGAAAUGUCCACAAAAUAUCGAACUGAUAACAAUGAUGGAUGGAUAUUGACUGCAAAUUAUGCAAAAGGAAAUACUGAUAAUAUUAACUCAUUCAUGCUGUCGACAUUGACUGGACCGUGGCAUACAAAAAUGAAUGUUAUUUCCCUUGAUUAUGUAUUCUCAACAAAUCUCAUCGACAUUUCUCUUUCUGUAAAUCACCAAAAGGCUUUGUCGAAGCAAAAUUUCAUUGUUAUUGAUUUGUAAGACUUUCUAUCUUUAUAGUUGCAAGUAAAUAAAUCGAUUGUAAAGUAAUAAGGCAGUCAAUAUGCAAA